CCAUAUUCCUGAUAUUAUACCUGGUAACAAUCCUUCAAACAAUAUGCUUUGUUGGAGCUAUACCAGGAUAUUUAGGAUGCUUUCAAGACAGAAAGGACCGAGUAUUGACCGGUAAGAUGACAAGAAGCGAUGACAUGUCUGUGGAUAAGUGCAGGAUGUUGUGUACGAAGCUUAACAACAAGUUUUACGGUGUCGAGGGUUCACAAUAUUGUUUCUGUGGAGACACUCUUAUGAAGCCUAUUAAAAAACACUGGAGAGAAUGCAACCAGAGAUGUAUUGGGAAUAAAAGGCAAUGGUGUGGUGGACACUGGAAAAUGCACAUCUAUUCAAACACAGGAUAUUUAGGAUGCUUCCAGGACCAAAAGAACCGAGUAUUGACCGGAAAAUAUACACAUAGUUCAAGAAUGACUGUUCAUGGGUGCAGAUAUAUGUGUGGGAGGGAAUUUUACCAGUACUACGGUGUCGAGGGUGCACGAUAUUGUUUCUGUGGAAACACUCUUACAACAUCUGUUCGAAAACCAGAGAGAGAAUGCAACCAGAAAUGCACUGGGAGUAAAUGGCAAAGGUGUGGUGGACACUGGAAAAUGAACAUCUAUAAAAAUGUAUUCGUAGACGUCACAGGAUAA